AUGGUAUCAACCCCUCUCACACAAGAUGAGGCUGCAGCUGCUAUAGUGUAUUUCGCCUUGUCCGGUGCCCUGUGUCCUCCAGAGGGUAAAGCAGUUGGCUAUUCAUUGCUGAACGCCACUCCAGACUAUUUCACUUGGUCUGCUACUUUGGAGGAGUUCGACGGACCUCCUGUACCUCCUAAUCGAUAUUUGAUCAAAAUCGAUAGGAGAUCAAAGAACAUAUCUCCUCCAUCCCCUAUUGAACAAGACUUUUCCGAAGCAAUCCUUUCUGCCACCGGCCAGCACCUGUCAUUAUGGGAAAGAUUCACAGAUGGCGCACUCAGCAUCUCGUACAAAGUGACAGUAAAGGAGAGCACCGAUUCGAUUUAUGUCGUUCAGCUAUGCCACCACGGGAAUGUUGCGUCAACGGACUCCUUGAUGUCCUAUAUCACCAAAACCAUCAGCCCUACACUCCUACCAGUACCCCCUGUGUACCCUAUUCCUCACGAGAAACAACGGCAGGAAACAACGGCAGGAAACAACUGGCAUGGGGAGGCAGAUAACCCAGGUGAUGCCAGGCGUAAUGUGCACCUCGCCUGCUGGGACAUCCCGUUCCCAGAACCAAAAUUGAUCGGAGAAGUGGUCGCCGAUUUGGUCAACGACGAGCUCAAUCUCAGGAUCGAUCCAGAUCGACAUUACAGUCUCGGCGGGCCAUUCUCCUCCGUACGAGAAUAUCUCCGUGCUUAUAUCAACGCAUCACUAGUCUCCCUCGAGAAGCAACAAGGAAUCGAUGAGUACAAGGCAUUGUAUCUUACGCGCAUCCGAAACUUUGUAUCCAACAGUCUUCACAACACCCCACAUAUCGUGGAGCAAAUACCAGUUGCCCUGUCACAUUCUGAUAUGGGUCCUCACAAUAUUAUUGUGUCUAGUGAAGAUAACACCGACAUCAAGGCCAUCAUUGAUUGGGAGUUCGUCGCCUCUGCACCAGUUGCAUCGUCCUAUCACAUUCUGGAAAUGUUCUUCCGCCAAAACGCUCCAAACGGGUUCGGUCAAGAAUACCCUCGUUCAGAUGAGCUCCGCCAAGCUUUCUGGGGUACCAUUCCCAAGUGGAAACUGGUUAACGAGAGUGAAACCACGCAGGUUUUCCUCGAGUGGAUGAAGUUUGGACUGUUUUUGAAGCCUGAGUAG